AUGAUUAUGCAUAUCCAAUCUAUCCAUUAUGAGGUUUGGAAAAUCAUCUGUGAUGGUCCCAAAGUCCCCACCAAAACCAUAGAUGGUAUGUUAGUUCCCAAACUUGAGAGUGAAUGGACUAGUGCUGAUUAUAAAGAUAUCGAAGCCAAUGCCAAAUCUGUUAACGUGUACUGUGCACUUGAUGCUGUUGAGUUCAACAGAAUAUGCACUUAUACAAUGGUGAAAGAAAUUUGGGAUAAACUUAUUGUAACUCAUGAAGGAACUAUUCAAGUCAAAGAGUCUAGAGUUAGUUUGCUUGUUCACAACUAUGAGCUCUUCAAGAUAAAACCUGAUGAGAACAUAUCCCAAAUAUUCACCUGCAUUACAGAUAUUAUAAAUAAUCUAAAAUCUCUUAGGAAGACUUAUACUAAUGCAAAAAUUGUCAGAAAAAUGCUUAGAUCAUUGCCAAAAAACUGGGAGACCAAAGUUAUAUCAGUGAUAGAAGCAAUGGACAUAUCAACAUUAAACCUUGAUGAGUUAAUGGGAUCUCUCCUAACCUAUGAGCUCAUUAUGCAAGAAGGAGAAGAACAAAAAGACAAGAACAAGAAGAAAGGGAUAGCCUUCAAGUCUACCUCAAAAUUUCAAGAUGAAGAAGAAGAUGCUUUAGAGGAGGAUGAAGAAAUGGCAUUCAUUACCAAGAGGUUCAAAAGGUUCAUGAAGAAGAAACAAGCACACUACAAAUCGGAAUGUUUGGAGCUCAAGAAACAAUUUAAGAAAGCCAAGAAGAAGGCCAUGAUCGCAACAUGGGGAGAAGACAAUGACGACAACGACUCAGAGACUGAUAUUUGCAAAAAUAAAGUCGCAAAUCUAUGCUUGAUGGCACUUGAAGAUGAAAAUGAGGUAAAUGAUGAAUCCUUUACUUUUGAUGAAUUACAAACUGUUUUCGAUGAAUUGCAUGCUGAAUUUAAAAAACUAAGAUUGAAAAGUAAUUGUCAAAAGAAAAUGAUUUUAAGUUUAUCACAAGAAAAAGAAUCCUUGAUUUUUAAGAUCAAUACUUUAGAAAAUAAAGUUUUGUCAAUGGAAAAGGAGAAAGAAGUUUCAACUGAAAAGGAUCUUCCAUCUUUGAAAAGAAAGUAG